AUGCCCCCGCACAAGCCGCUCAUCCCCGAGUGGGAGCGCAUCGCCAGCACCGCGUCCAAGCCCUACUACAUGUUUACCAUGCCCAUCCACAAGUCUCGCAACGACGACCGCGACUACAGAGUCAUCCAGCUCGACAAUGGACUUCAGGCGAUGCUGGAUGUCUCGGUCGGCCAUCUCUAUGACCCGGAUGAUAUGCCCGGUCUAGCGCAUUUCUGCGAGCAUCUGCUCUUCAUGGGUACGGAGUUGUAUCCAAGAGAGAACGAGUACUCUGAGUAUCUCGCCAAAAACAACGGAAACUCUAACGCAUUCACCGGCACCUCCAACACAAAUUACUACUUCAGUGUCGCGACCGAUGCACUUCCGGGCGCCCUCGCGCGCUUCGCUGCCUUCUUCCACUACUCCGAGCACAAGAAGAACCACCAGUCGGACAUGUGGCGAAUCUUCCAGCUUAAUAAACAUCUUAGCAAGCCUGGACACCCUUGGAGCAAAUUUGGUAGCGGAAACCGCGACAGCCUGUCCAAGGUUGGUAGGGAGUUGAAAGCGACGGGCCUCCUCGCGCCCUCCACGCCUUCAGCGCCCAAGUCCGCUGACGGUAGUCUUGCUACCACUCCCACCUCUUCUCGCAUGGAUGGCGACGGAGGGAGCGUCGGCCGGGAGACGCGCCGCAGGCUCGUCGAGUGGUGGAGCAAGGAGUACUGCGCCGGACGCAUGCGACUCUGCGUGAUCGGGAAAGAAUCACUGGACGAGCUCUCGAGCAUGAGUCUGGUGUCGGUCCAAACCAUUAUGACUUUCCACGCGGUGGAGGUGUCGUUCCCGCUUCCUUGGCUAGCAUCUCAGUGGCGCCACGAGCCUGGAAACUUCCUCAGUCACUUCCUGGGACACGAAGGUCCGGGGUCGCUCCACUCACACCUAAAGAACAAGGGCUGGAUCACCGCGCUGAGCGCGGGACCGCAGAACCUCGCUCGGGGCUUCGCCAUGAUCAAGAUCACGCUGAACAUGACCAAGCUAGGCUUUGAGAACUACCGGGAAGUCACGCUCACGAUCUUCAAGUACCUCAACAUGCUCCGGGCAUCCAAGUUCCCGGCGUGGUACCAACGCGAGAUGAGCCUCCUCAAGGCUACUCGUUUCCGAUUCGCGGAAAAGCGCCGUCCGGAUGAUUACGCCGUGUGGGUGACUGAACACCUCUCGUGGCCCGUCCCCCGCGAGCUCGUGCUCAGCGCUCCGCAGCUCGUCUGGGAGUGGGACGAGAGCGACCCUGUCAACGGCGGCGAGAGCGAGAUGCGCCAAGUGCUCGACAGCCUGACGGUCGACUACGGCCGCGUCGUCCUGAUGGCGCAGAAGGACGUGCACGAGCGUGUCCGUGGUGUGAGCGAGUGGGAGUCCGAGCCAUGGUAUGGUACCCAGUACCACUUCAUCGCGCAGGCACAAGCGCCGAACGACAUCCCCGAGCUCUUCCUCCCUGGCCGAAUGACCUCUCAAGCGUCCGCUUCUCAUCCGCGACACCCCUCGCACGAGCCUGUGGCAAAGAAGGACGACACCUUCUGGGUUCCCAAGGCCCACGUCCUCAUUGAUAUCAGAACGUACGCACCCUCCGUCGACCCUGCGAAUUGCACCCGCUCACUUUUUCUCAGGCUGUUCUCCGAUCUCGUCAACGACACUCUCACGGAGUUCGCGUACGAUGCGGAUCUCGCGGGAUUGAGCUACAACUUCUCCGCGCAGAUGCUAGGCGUUUCCGUGGUGUUGUCUGGAUACAACGAUAAGCUCCACGUCCUCGCUCGCGACGUCUUCGAGCGCGUGCGAAACGUCCAGCUCCGCGCUGACAGGCUGGAAGUCAUGAAGGACCAGGCCAAGCGCGACUAUGAGAACUUCUACAUGGGGCCGCCUUUCCGCGUCUCCGACUACUACGGUCGCCACCUUCUCACCGAACAGCAAUGGAUCCUUGCGGAGAAGCUCGCUGAAGUCUCUUCGAUCACGAUCGAGGAGAUUGAGACGCAUGCCGCUCGCCUGUUGUCCAGGGCUCACUCGCGGAUGCUGGUCGUUGGCAACAUGGGUCGAGACGAUGCUGUUCAAUUGGCGGAGACGAUGGAGAACGUGCUCGACUUCUCUCCCAUGGAUCCGGCUGCCAUGGUGGACACAGCGCUCAUUCCAGCGGACGGUUCGAACCAUGUUUGGAAGACGGUCGUCCCCAACCCAAACGAGCCUAACUCGUCAUUGGCAUACUAUAUGCACAUCGGCUCGUACCUGGACCCGCGCUUGCGGGUCACGUCUGCGCUGCUCACCCAGAUCCUUUCGGAGCCUGCAUUCAACGUCCUCCGCACACGCGAACAGCUGGGCUAUAUCGUCUCGCUCUCCCAGAUGAUUUCUCCGGGCGAAUCGAACAUCGGCAUCCGGAUCGUCAUCCAGAGCGAACGCGGCCCGGUGUAUCUCGAGGAGCGUGUCGAAGCCUUCCUCGAGGAAAUGAAGGAUAAACUCGAGGAGAUGCCGGCCGCCGAGUUCAAAGAGCAGCAGGCCGGACUCGAGCGCAGAUGGAGAGAGGCGGCAAAGAACCUCGGGGAAGAGACCAACCGUUACUGGACGCAAGUCGACUCUGGCUACCUGGACUUCCUCAGGCGUGACCAUGAUGCGAGUCUCGUGAAGAGCGUCACGAAGGCGGAUGUCAUCGCGCUCUUCAUGGACCGGGUUCACCCCUCUUCCUCUGCUCGGGCCAAGGUCUCGGUGCAUCUACACUCGCAGAAGCCUCGCCCGAAGAAGAUCAGUCUCGGUGCGAUGGAAGCGUUUGAGGCCCUACUCCUCGACAGGGGCAUUGCUAUCGAUACCCAGAGGUGGAGGGAGGAGCUCACCGGCGAGGGCGAGCCGCUCCUUGCACAGUUCGGGAAGUACUGGCAGGACACACUGUCUUCGCUGUCUCCUCUGGUCUCUCCGGAGAUCGCACAGGAGCUCAUGGCAGCUCUGCCUGCGAUCAUGGAGAACAAUCCUGCAGAUGCCGACUACGAAGGGACCCUCAAGGACGGUGUGAACUUCGUCGAUGAUCCGAAGGCAUUCAAGGCAUCCUUAAGGAGGGCGGACCCUCCGAGGCCUCUGGUCAACUGGGACGACCUGCCGCAGUCCAGGUUCUGAUUAUCUAUACUGAUUUUUGCAUGCUUCAUGUGUAUAUCGUAGUGUUGUCUCGUCGGAACAUUCGUAAGUAGCAGGAUACAAAGUACCGUAGAUAGUAAUGUAGAGUCUCGUAAUUAGCUACUAACCCACAAACCACAAUCA